UUGAUUUUAUUUGCAACCGCGGGAAACGAAGUCACCAAGACGCCUUCAUUUGAGGCCUUUGGAAUUGGAGAAUUUAUUGAAUUUAGGUAUGGCUCUCGUCCCUUCUAGAGAACUAACCAAGACCCUGUGGGGGCAGAAGGAGACUUCUUUGGCUCCGUGAAUACACUAGCUAUGCGGUGGUCUAGUUAGUUUGAGUGUGUGGUUCGUAUUCAAAGUGUUCCAAGCCGCAGUUCACUCGAAGGUCAUCGUGGAUACGUCUGCACUUGAAAAUCAAGGCUGGAAAGGACUGCCUGGUGUGUCCGAACGGUAUGUUUUGCACUGAAGGCAUUUUUUGUAUGAAUUGUUGAAAGUGUCUACUUGUUCGAAAUGCAAAAGAGAUGGUCGUAGAUCCUUGGCCCACAACGCCCCACUAAAUAAACUAUGACCUGUCGUGAAAUUAUGUGAAAUUGAUCAACACAAUCAUCCACAAAUUAUCCUAUGCCAAAGUACUGCAAAUGCAAAUAAUAGCAUCCCUUUACCUAGGUCAUGUUUGUAGGGCCUUAUGUCACAUCUUUGCAUGAUUUCCUCAUGCAAAUCGUGUGCCUAGCUUCGAAAACACAUUGCGCUAAGGGCCGAAUAUAUACCUGUGAAUCAGAACAACAGCACUCACUAUUGCUUUCAUGAGUGGUAAUGGUCAGCUGAAAGGAAACUUCUAUCCAUCAACUCAUAAGUAAAGUAAUGACUAAUCUCCUUGCUGCGCAUGUGGUUCCUUCGUAUUUACAUGUACCGUAAAGUACCGCCAGAGUGCCCCACCAUCUCGUCCUUUCGGGGUCGUAUUGUGGAGGUGGUCUCCUGUCUGUAGGUUAUACGACACGAACUUUGUACACAUAUUGCACGCUCUGCAGACAAUCCGUACCUUCGAGCGGAAACGAGCUCCACACAAAAACCUGCUUAGUGUGACCUUAGUACACUAAGUUGCUCACACCGUACGAACUUCGUUGCACUCUGCCAUACGAUUUUCCUUUCCCUGGCUGUAAAAUAUGUCGCGGCAAAAUAUAGGUGGGGCGCUCUCGCGGUACUUUACGGUAUGUGCGCCUCUCUGUGUUCGGUGAAUGAUUUUGAAUAUUUGCGCACGACUUCAGGAUAGUGCACAUUGUGUGGAUGUACCUGCGUAUGUAAUCCUUUCAUGAUUUAAAAAUUAGGAGCCGUGUUUCUCAUCACCGUGGACAAGUAAAUGUCGGCCAAUUACGUAGCGUUUGGAGACUUGCACAAGUACAGUUGCGUGUCAAUUAUGCGGCACCCGCGGAAUAAAAUGAAUAUUCUGGACGACUGAAGCUACAAAGCCAUUUUGUGUUGACAGAUCAAAAAGACAGCACUUCGAAGUACCUGUAUUUAUCACUAGUAUUACCCUGAGACAGUCGUGCUCAUCUCUAGAGACUGGCUUGUAUUUAACUCAACGUAAUGGCAACUUUCAUGAUGCUGACUGUCUACAUUUACUUGAAGUAGGACUAUAAAUACUAAAUAUAAGGUCUAUAAGCUGUCAGUGCGGUGCUGUUGGAUACCCGACAUGCCAUGUGACUGACCGCCAGAUAAACGACAUGCGAUUGUACCGGUCACAGUGUAGCUGGGUUUUCACGAAAAAAUGAAACUUAUACGAUUGUGAGAAAAGUUCAGAAACCACACUUACACACGUACACACACACACACAUGCGCGCGCACGCGCACACACACACACACACACCUGUCCUGUUCUGUUGAGCCACUACCACAACUUGGCACAAGGAUCGCAUCGGCCCCAAAGGGGCAGUAGAGCGAAAGUGAGAGGUGUUGGCUUCGAGUUCACCUAUCUCUACGGUGAACGCAACCUCGAUCGAAAGUCAUGCCGAGUGGCGAGUUGCACGUGCGACUUCUAGACAUCGAUUGCGUACAAAAUGCAAAAAUCAGUUUUCUGUUUCUGUUUUAUCAAUGCUUUUGUGAAGGGAUUCAUGGCGUGUUAAAAAAACAGUGCUAGAGAGAGAAGGCUAAGUAAUUCCUAAGCCUCGAGUAAUUGUUCUGCUCAGAGUGUAGGUACUAAGCAAUCUGGUUCUAAUAGCAGCCAUGGCAAGUCCGGCGGGCGAGAGUGUGACGGCACCACGGUUUGCCGCAUUCCGUGGCCGAGGUUUAGGCAGAUCGAGCGUAAGCAGUCCGUCACGCUCAAGUGACGCAUGGUCAGAGCAGUCUCCAUCGCCAACUGCUUCCUCUCCUGGCCAUCAACAGCAAGAGCAACAGCAACAACACACUGACACUAGCAGUAAAGCAGAAAGUAGUUCAAGUCGCUUCAGCGGAGGAAGAGGUGGAUUUAGUGGAGGCCACUCUGGCGGAGCUGAUGAUGGUGACAGCUCCGGAAGGCCUAUGUUCGGCGGACGUGGUGGCGGUGGCGGUGGCUCUAGCUUUGGUGGUAGAGGUACUGGUGGAUUUGCCGGUCGAUCGGGUGGCUUUAGGCGGAACGACAAUGAUUCUCAAGACGGCGAAGGUGACGAGAGUAGCAGCAGAGGUGGCCGAGGCGGUGGCUUCAGUGGACGUGGUGGACGUGGCGGCGGCCACUUUGGUAGUGAUUUCCGCUCUGGAGAUCGUGAGGAGAAUGGCGGUAGCUCUGGUGGUGGCCGGCACGGUUAGUGGUAAGAGUGGCUACAAGAAGCCGACACCUGUACAGAAGUAUGCCAUGCCUGUCAUCAUGGCUGGUAGAGACCUCAUGGCCUGUGCACAGACUGGCUCAGGGAAAACAGCUGCAUUUAUCCUUCCCGUCAUGUCUCGUAUGAUGAAAGACGGAAUUGACGCGUCAAAGUUUGCCGAAGUGCAGUCACCUGCUGCCAUUAUUGUAGCACCUACUCGUGAACUGGUCACUCAGAUUUGGCUAGAGGCGAAAAAGUUCUCCCACACAACCAUGCUCAGACCUGUAGUUCUAUAUGGCGGUACCAGUCUUGGGAGACAGAUCCGUGAAGUGGAGGAGGGAUGUCACAUGGUCAUAGCUACCCCUGGUCGCCUGAUGGAUGUCAUCAACAGAAGAAAGAUUGAUUUGGGUGCAGUUAAGUAUCUGAUUCUUGAUGAAGCUGAUCGCAUGCUCGAUAUGGGCUUCUUGCCCAGCAUUCAGAAGCUUGUUGAGAGCAGCUGGGCAUGGCCUCGUCGUCAGACGCUCAUGUUUUCAGCCACCUUCCCAGACGAAGUGCAGCAGCUGGCAAAGAACUUCCUGGAUGACUACUUGUUCUUGACUGUUGGUAUCCUGGGCUGUGCAGCCAGUGAUGUCAAGCAGAGUGUCGUGCAAGUGGAGGAGUUUGGCAAGCGCAAGAAGCUCAUUGAGAUCUUGAGCUCGCAAGGGAUGGACAGAACGAUUGUCUUUGUGGAGACAAAGCGAACAGCCGAUUUCCUCGCGUCGUACCUCUGCCAGCAGCGUUUCCCGUGCACUAGCAUUCAUGGGUAUGUGUUUUAGAACUGCUUGUUAUGUCCGUUACAUGUACAGCAGUGUGGAUAGAAAGUACUCAAAUGUUCACCUGAAUCAUUGCCAGAGGUUCUCAUUUCAGUGGUGACAUGUUAUGCUCAUUUUCGAAAACCAAGCGAGGUGUUUAUUUCUAGCUUCCGUGCCCGGCUCCUGAUAGUGUGGUACAUGUACACGACUGUAUACCGUAUAUUCUCUAUUAUGAGCGCCGUGCUUAUAUUUUUUCAACACCCUCUACCCCGUGCUUAUAUUGGAGACCGUGCUGAUAUUUUUUCAACCAAUGCAUCCAUACAGAGCGAGAAGAAAUACAUGCUAGAUAUCAUGCAUGCAGCAUUGAUUUCCACCAAGACCGUGCUAAUAAUAGAGACCGUGCUUAUAAUGUUUCGAAAGGUGCUCACAGUGUGCUAGUAUUAGAGACUGUGCUAGUAAUGUGCUUAUAAUAGAGAAUAUACGGUAUGUGUGUUCCUGUAAGAAUGGGAUGAGAUGCUGUUAUUCUACAUUUCUGUGCUUUCUCGGUGGAACUCACUGCCACCAUCAUAAAUACACAAGCCGCCCAAUUUUUAUAGCUGCUCAUCUGUGCUUUGUAAAUCAUGGAUGAUGUGUAUGCUUUGUAAAUCCUGGAUGAUGUGUAUGCUCACUAUUACACAAAGACACACAAUGAAACUCUUGGGCAAAUUCCGUUGUGACCCAGAGUUUCAUGGCUGGA